AUGUCCUCGGACGAGGAGGAUAUCCGGCGCCCUGGCCGCAGCGGCGCACACAGCCCUGUGGAGAGCGACGCUCACAAUUCCGGCAAUGAAAAUCUCAGUGGCGAGAACAUGGACGAGGACAAUGAUGCUGAUCUCUUUGGGUCCGACGGAGAGGAAGGUGGAUUGGAGGAUGAACGUCCCAAUCGCACUCUUGAUGACGAAGCUCUCGACUCCGGAGAUGAUGAGGACCGCUACGAUCGCCGUGAUCGCAUGGAGGAUGACUUGGAUGAUGUAGACGACCACACUGUCAACAUCAUGGACGUGAACCUUGCGCGGGCGCCAGUACCAGCGACCAAUGAUGGCCUAGUCUAUACUAUGCGUGUUCCAGACUUCCUGACGAUCGAAGCCGAAGAAUUCAAUCCGGAGACCUAUGUCGCACCGCCCUACUCUACAGCCGCUACUUCUCUCUGCUGGCGCCGAGACCAAGCAAGCGAUACUCUCCAAUCCAACGCGCGUAUCGUGCAAUGGGAGGACGGUUCUCUCACUCUGCAACUCGCAUCCGCCCCUCUGGAGCAGUACCGCAUCGCAACCAAGCCGCUAGCACCUCUUUCCCGAGCUGGAGAGUAUGACACUAAGCUUGACUCCCACGUUUACCUCGGCGCUGCAGUUGAAACAUCAUCUCUCUUCCGUCUGACGUCGCACGUCACACACGGCAUCACCGUCCUCCCAACAACCCACGAGACGGACGACGCAGUCCAAAAACUCCAAGAGUCAUUGGCCGCGGCUGCACGCGGUAACAAGAAGACUCUGGAUGGCUCUGCUCCUGUCAUUGAGACCACCGAAGACCCAGAGGCAGCUGCAAAACGGGCCGAGAGGGCCGAGAAAGACUCGAUCCGGCUCCAGCGCCGCCAGGAGGCCCUUGCCGAGCGCGAGGCCGAUCGUGGACGCCGGCCUCCCCAUAGGACUCUCGGCACCGGUCUCAGCCUCGGCAACCUCGAAGGCGACGGUAUGUCGACGACCCGGCCUCGCGCUAAGCGCCGUCCCAAUCGCCGUGGAGAAAUUUACAGCGAUGAGGAAGAGGACUACGGUGGCCGUGGUGCACGCACCCGUGAAGAUGAGUACGACGAAGAUGAUGGUUUCCUGGUUGGAAGCGACGAGGACGUCGAAGAAGGAGAGGAAGGGGAGGAGGAAGAGGAGCUUGAAGACGACGAUAUGGAUGCAGAGGGCGAAGUCGACGACGAGGUUGCACCUGCGAAGCCCUCUCGUAAGGCCGAGACUGAGGCGCCCCGCUCUGGGACACCGCCUCGAAAAGAAGAAUCGUUACAUUGUCGAGGACGAUGA